GAAAAAUUCCAUCCCAACCGCCAAAGGGCAAGUCCCGUACGUGCAAUUCACCUGUUGAAAUACGUACCUUGGUCUUCACCAACCAACACAACAAGUACAACCAUCUCAUUCAUCUCCCAAAAUUACUGAUCUACACCUACUCUUCAUCAUGCCCAAGACUCUCGAAAAAGCACGCAAGGCCAUUGCGAAGAAGAGGGGCGGUGCCAUUGAAGCCCUCCACGCCAAGAGUCGUGAUUCCCGCCGUCUUCACAAGGCCCAGGUUCGCGAUGAUCGUCUCGAGAAGAUGUCCGAGGCCAGGCGCAAGAGGGACCAGCCUUUGAUCACCCGUAUCGCCUUCUUCCAAGAGGCUACUCGUGAAAAUGAGAACAAGCCGCUCGAGCUCUCCGCCAUCCAAAAGAAAAUUGCCGAAUUCUGCCAUCAACAUGAUGAGGAAUAUCACGAAAUGAAAAGGGCUCGCCGUCAGGGCAGGCCGCCCAGCGCCAGGGAGGAUCUUUUGAGGAUGAAGAUGGAGGCGCUUCACAAGGAAGAGCGUGAUGGUUUCUACCUUCCCGACCUUACCAAUGAAAAGACCACCGAGAUGUUGGAUCGGUGGGAUGGCAACUGGGCCUUUCUCACCAACCUCACAUGGGUCAAAAUCCAGUCCUCAGGAAGAUCCGCGCCUGCCAGCUUCCCUCCACAGACCAACUGAGAGCACAUCGCCCCUUCUUUGUUUCUGACCUAAACACGGAGAUAUCCAGGAUCAGCGAGGCAGCUGGGCCUCAACAAACAUUAAUGAUACCCCUUUCCAGCCCUUCAGUUCCAGUCCCAGUUCCCCUUGAACGACAGCCGGCUACUCCACCCGUUUCCUCCGUUGCUUGUCACCCUGGUUAGAUGCCAUGCAUCGUGCUGCAAAAUAAGACAGCGUUUCACCUUUGCCAAACCGCCAACCUGCAGCCUUAAGUUUUGGCCGUGUCCACUAAUGAUACUGAAAGGCGGGCAAGACAGACAUUUAUUCAUCCCUCACGAGCCUCAUAAAAUCAAUCUGUCACAAGCCACUUUAUCCUUCCUACCUGACCCUGGUCCCGCAACCCGUACCUUGCUUGCUUACUACACCUCAACAAAAGCGGCUGCUGCCGUGACCCCCGGGUUCGAUUAUCGCUGUGCAUACAAAUUGCAGUUCCACCUCGUCCAAGCACCAGGCACCAGGCACCAAACCGCUCUCGGGCCCGAACCGAAUGAAAGAGGGCUGAAGGGAGAAGAUUCGAGAAGGAGGUGGGUGGAGUGAGGGCAACGUGUUAAGGACGCCAUUUCAUGGCUGGGUCCAGUUACCGACAGCCUGUCCCAGCCGGCCAGUUCAAACUCCCCGUCAGCUCGGACAGUUCACCAGUUAAGGAUAGAGAAGAGGGUUCAUGGGAACCGGGAAAGAGAAAAGAAAACAUGUUUCAGAGCAGCCGACGGCUGUGCCCUGGAAAGGCUUGCUUACAGGGCUGCAGGUCUCCUACCAUAAGACCACGUGUGAGAGACAUACCGGUAACAAAAAGAGAGAAGAGGUAGAAGUGUGGAAAUUGAAGAGAUGCAUUGCUUCUGGAACCCGUCAUGAGUCCUGCAUAUAGAAAGAAGGACAAAAAAAGCCCACUUUACACAAAAUGUUUUACUACUCCCACAACGGCAACGCCCGAUUCGACGAUUACUUGCCUCCUUAUCCCGGAUCUUAUUUUUAAUCGUUUUCAAGGUGAUCGACAGCAACCCGAGUCGUUCAAAUGCUUCUUGAUUCAACACCUUCGCUCGGGAGAAGCUGCCAGUUGAUGUUGUACAACUUACGUGCUCCUCGUGGGCAUAACGCAGCCGACAACGCCAAGGUAGACCCUAUUUUCCCCUGAUUCCUCAACUCCCCCCCUCCACACCCAAGUUGUUGCGGGCGGAAACAGUCAGACUCACCGAUAUGUACCUGAAAAGCAGGUAGCCGUGGGCGGUUUGGCCUUUUCCCCCCUCCUUGACUGUCCUUUGGCUGUCCUUCGCUGCCCCCUGGCUUUACCGGUAUUCCAUAUGUCCUGCAAGUUGCCAUGGACCGGGUUCGGGGCCGGUCUCUCCGGAGUUCGGAGAGUUCUGCCUAGGGUGCUCCUGGGAAAUUUGCUGGACUCGGAGCGGCUUUGGUGUUCUGCUUCCCUAUAGGGUGGGAUAUGAUGGCAAUGAGGGUCGAAAUUUGAUACUUGGCUGUGGUUUCAAGUUUACUUCCAAGAUCAAAAACAUUUGGGCAUCUUCUUUGUUUUUUUUU